GCCCUUCGCCCGAUCUCCUACCUAUUCCGAUGGGAAACACCAUCGGUUCUUCUUCUUCUCCGGUGAAGCAGGAUGUGCCCGAGACGUGGUCGACGAGUUUUACGGAGGGCGACACCGCGGCGCACAAUUUUGAGGUGACGGGCUUCUCGCUGCUAGACGGCAUGGGCGCCGGCAACUUCGUCUCGUCGAGCACAUUCUUCGUCGGCGGCUGCGAGUGGGACAUCACGUUCUACCCCGACGGGUUGAAGGAGGACGGAGGCGCCCACGCCUCCGCUUAUCUGCGUCUAUGCAAUGGAGAACUAGGGUUGCAGACCAACUACACCCUGAGUUUAUUGGGCAAGGAUGGCCAAGUGCUUGUGCAAGGGAGCAUAGAACAUACCUUCCAGUCCGCAGGUAUUUUUUGGGGCUUCGAGCACUUUGUCCAGAAGUCCAAGCUGCGACAGCUGCUAUCCGACAACGAGGACUGUGUAACGAUCAGGUGUGUUUUGACUGUCAUGAGGAAGCAUGACACUUUGGCCAUCCCGGCCCCGCCGUCGAAUCUGCAAGAGGAUUUUGCAAGGAUGUUGAAGGACGAGGAAGGCGCGGAUGUAACGUUCAUCGUGGGUGACAAAUCAUUCCGUGCUCAUAGACACGUGUUGGCGGCA